AAUACCAAGAUACAUACAUAUACAUAUAAGUAUAUAACAUAUCAUAGUCACCGACUAACCUCUGCCGGAGAUGACUACCGGCGUUGAAGAAACAGUGGUGAUCAUCGUCGGAGCCGGCCCAUCCGGCCUUGCCACUGCCGCAUGCCUCCAUAAACUAUCAAUCCCAUACAUAAUACUCGAACGAGAAGAUUGCAUCGCCUCAUUAUUCAACAAAAAAACAUAUAACCGGCUUCACCUCCACUUAGUCAAAAGCUUCUGUCAACUUCCUCACCUUCCUUUUCCGGCAAGUUUUCCGACGUAUGCUCCAAUAGCCCAAUUCUUGGAAUACUUGGAUGAUUAUGCAUCUUGUUUCAAGAUUAAUCCGAGGUUUUGCAACCGCGUAAAGUUUGCAAAGUAUGAAGAAGAUGAGGAGAAAUGGAAGGUGGAGGCUGAGGUUGAUGGUGGUGGGGUGAAAAGAUAUGAAGGGAGGUUUUUGGUGGUGGCUACUGGAGAAACUAGUGAUGUGUUUAUACCGGAGGUUGAUGGGUUGAGUGACUUUAAAGGUGAAGUUAUUCAUUCCACUGAGUAUAAAUCCGGCAAAGGGUAUGAGAACAAGAAGGUUUUGGUCGUCGGAGCUGGUAAUUCCGGCAUGGAAAUUGCGCUUGAUUUGUCGAAUUAUGGUGCAAAAACCUCCAUUGUUGUCCGAAGUCCGGUAAGCUUUAGCCUUCUUCUCAGUGGCGGACCCAGGAAUUUUUCGAUGGGGAUUCAUAUACUUUCAAGGUGGUCAUUUAAUAUUGGACUAAAGUUGCAAAAGAUUAUACCAAUACAUUUGGUGGAUUCAUUCUUGGUGUUGGUUAACAACAUAAUAUUUGGAGAUCUUACUAGGUACGGGAUUCAAAGGCCCCAAGAAGGUCCGAUUGCGGGUAAGGUAAGGCAUAGCAAGUAUCCGGUCGUCGAUAUGGGUACAACUGAAAAGAUAAAGUCUAGCGAGAUACGAGUUUUGCCGGCAUUGAAAAGUGCUAAUGGUGGAGGAUAUGAAGUUGUUUUUGAGAAUGGAAGAUUUUAUCAGUUUGAUGUGAUUUUGUUUGCGACUGGUUUUAAAAGAUCAACUCAUUUGUGGCUUCAGGGUGGUGAUUGCCUUUUAAACAAUGAUGGGCUACCGAAACCAAUGUAUCCAAAUCAUUGGAAAGGAGAAAAUGGGCUUUAUUGUGCUGGGCUCGCAAGAAGGGGCCUAUAUGGAGCUAGAAUGGAUGCCCAAAGCAUAGCCCAACACAUUUUCAAACUAAUCUAAAAAUUCUAUAAAAGAAUAUCACCAAAAUAUGAUCAAAGUGUUACAGUAUGAUGUCGGUAUGAUAUUGGAUAAUGAUUGAAUAAUGUUUACAUUUAUGAUUGUUUAAAUAAAGAACAAUGAAAAUCAUGUUGUUUUGAAUUCUUUGUAAUUUUAUUUUAGACAAAAUUGUAGAAAACAACCUUUAUGUUUGCCUCAAACUGCACUUUAUACCUUUCACUAUGAAAUCGGCAAAAACCAACCUUUAUGUUCAUGUUUUAUUACACCCUAUAACCUUUAGCACUAACCAAAUCAAAAAAUUCAG